CCUGGCCCCGGGGCUGCUCACUUCCCCGCGCCAACCAGGCAUAAAAGGGGUUCUCCCGGCUCGGGCAGCCACAGAAUCCGCUCCGCCAGCUCUCGCUCCAGCUCUCCAGCUCCAGGCACCGCCGCCCCGACUCUCCGAGCUGAGCCCCAUGGCCCGCGCCGCCACCCCCGCCGCACCCCGCGCCCUCCGGCUCCUCGGCGCCGCGCUGCUGCUCCUGCUCCUGGUCCCCGCCGGCCGCCGCGCCGCAGGGGCGCCCGUGGUCGCCGAACUGCGCUGCCAGUGCUUGCAGACCUUGCAGGGAAUUCACCUCAAGAACAUCCAGAAUGUCAAGGUGACGCCGUCGGGACCCCACUGCGCCCAAACCGAAGUCAUAGCCACUCUCAAGGAUGGACAGGAGGUGUGUCUCAACCCCGAAGCCCCCAUGGUCAAGAGAAUCAUCAAUAAGAUGCUGAACAAUGGCAGCACCAACUGACCUGGAGACAAGAUGCUGGCUGGUGGCGGUUCCUGAAAGGCCCUUGUAGGAACUGAGAAUGAAGAAGAGAACAACAGGCUCUUGCAGACAUCUAGAAAGGCCUUACUGUGUUUGGCUACUAUGAGUUCUAUUUAUUUAUGUUUGUAUUUAUUUAUUUUUCAAAGCUCAUAUUUAAUAAUUUACGUGUUAGUAUUUAAAGAUGUGAAUGUUUUUAAUCAAGCAUAACUCGGUCCUGAUAAUCUGAAGACGAUGGAUUUUAAAUGUCUCAUGAAACCAGUGUUUCCUGGGAGAUCAUGAAGUGCCAGGCACACUGAUGGGGUAGGGGGUGGAAGAAGGGAGUCGAAGCAGUUAAACAGUGUAUACAGAUCUAUUUUUGUAUUUGUUUAAAAGAGUGUCAGUUGUUAUUUAUUGAAACUGUUUCACACAUUAUGUAGUCAACAUUUUUAUGUUGAAGCUUCCCUUGGACAUUUUAUGUCUUGCUUGUAGGGCAUAAUGCCUUGUUUAAUGUUUAUUAUGCAAUGUUGCUCUGUCUUGGAACAGAGAAGUCAAAACUACUGUUAACAUUUUUACAAAUGAUAUGACAAUAAAAGUUUUGCAAAAAAUAA